AGACGAGUGUACACUACAGUCUCGAUUCCAACAGCCUUUAUUCUGUUUGCUAUUGCUAUAAUUGGUGAUUAAUUUCUGAAUGUUGUGUGCGAUAGAAAAAGAAUCAUUUACAAAUAUUAUAAAUGAAGAUGUAAUUAACCAUUUUCGAAAAAUGAAGUCUCAUAUAUGCCCCCAACCACAAUAUAUUCUGGAUCAGCCACUGGUUCUCACUCGUAUUUUCUUACUGAUAUCAAGCUCAGAUCGAUAAACUAAGCGUGGAGAUGAAGAAUAAGAAGAAGGGUCAUAAUAUCAAAGAUAUCACCAGGGGAGACGCCGUGGUACAAAACCUAUCACCUUCGAAAGUACUUCUAUCACAUUUGAUUUGCGGGAUUGGGUUAGCUUCGUCGUUUUGGCUAGCAAUUAAUAUAUACUCUAUCAAUUUGAUCGAUAAUCCAGCUUCAACUCUCCGUUUAAUAUGGCUGAUUGAGGUCCCAGUUGUGGUUCUGCUAUACAGUUUAUUUCGGAAAGAUAUGAAUCAGAGUUCCUACUUGAAGGCUGUAGCUAGAGGUUUACUGGGCCUUCCAGUUGGGGCUGUCGUCCAUGCGCUUGGAGCUAUUGUUUUAGGGGCACCUGUUGGCACUCAGUACUUUCUAAGAACCCUCAAUUGGUCUCUUCUGAUGUCUACAUUUACUUUUGUCCCUGCAGCUUCCGUCUAUGGUUCAUCUUGGGUUGAUUGGCAUCGCAUAUUUGCGCAAACAAAGCCAAUUGGAUCUAUUGAUUAUAUGAUCUGUCUACCUGCACAUGGUGCAGUAAUUGGAGGUUGGUUUGGGGCCUGGCCCAUGCCACUUGACUGGGAAAGAACAUGGCAGGAAUGGCCAAUUUGUGUAACUUAUGGAGCUAUCAUCGGGUAUUUGGUCGGAAUGUUGGCUUCUUUCUGUUCUGCAGUCUUUCGUGUAUCAAGUCAACACGUCAAGGGAGAUUAACGGGGGGUCGCUAGAUUUCAGAAAAUCACUAUAUCUGCAGUUUUCUUUUUAGAAGUAGCGUUUCCAUCAGCUUUUGCACCAAGAAAAUGGUGGUUGUGUUCUUGGCUGAAUUGGGAAGUUUUAGAAAAUAGAAAUGCUACUUAGCAGAAGAGAUGCUUUUUCUAUUUCUAAGGGAAAGGAUGCAAGUUGAAUUUAUUAUGUGGUAUUGUGUUGUUCAGAUGAAUUUUUGGCCUACUAAUCAAACCUUUGUUAGGAUCAGCCUUUCUUUGC